AUGCCACUGCUCAGCCUCCCAAACGAACUUCUCCUUCAGAUCGCCGAGGACCUCGACAGUGUCAAAGCCACAUAUUCCUUCUUCCUCACAAACCGGCGUCUUGCAAGUCUCCUCACACCAGUUCUCCUAGAUUAUGCGAUCCACGAAGAUAGACAUUGUGUGACAGCGCUCUACCUCGCAGCGACGAACGCGGAUGUAAAGAUGAUACGGCUGCUGCUUGAGAAAGGAACAAAUAUCCGAAUCACAGAUGACGAUGAAAUAAGACGCAGCGUUACCGAUGAUAACGUUGAUAAGCUACUUAAGCUUCUGCUUGAACAAGGAGCACACAGCAUUAUCCAAGAUCGGCCCUGCGGUGGCACAGCUUUACAUUGGGCCGCCGACUACGGGCACGAAGGUGUUACUAGAUUGCUACUAGAAAGGGGCAUGAAUGUUGCCGUUAAAGACCUCUUUGGACGAACAGCUCUUCAAUGGGCUGCCGUCGAAGGCCAUGAAACGAUAGUACGGCUACUAUUAGAAAACGGAGUGGACGUUAAUGGAAAGGAUUACGAUUCUGUUACCGCAUUACAUCGCGCUGCCGAACAUGGCUGGGAUAAUGUUGUGCGUUUAUUAUUGGAGAAGGGGGCGAAUGUCGAUGCACAGGAUUCAGAACGUGCGACACCACUUCAUUGGGCUACCGAGUUUAAGAACCUCGCGACCGCACGGCUUUUAAUAGAGCUAGGUGCGGAUCAUACUAUUAAGAAUAGGCGUGGAGUUGCGGCGCUUGACGACGUGACGGACGAAAAAACAUUGCAAUUAGCUCUGGCAUCAAGAAAGACAAAGGCAUACCUAGAUAGGUGUCUUUGCCUUUCUUAG